AUGGGGGACUUUCAUAUCAAUAAAGUUCACGAGCUUAUGACGAAUCAAAAGAACAUCAGGAACAUUUCUGUGAUAGCACAUGUCGACCACGGAAAGAGUACAUUGACUGACUGUCUUGUGAUCAAGGCAAAGAUAGUGUCGAAGGAUUCGGGAGGAGGAAGGUACAUGGAUUCGAGAGAAGACGAACAAAAAAGAGGAAUAACAAUCAAAAGCUCAGCAAUAUCGCUGCAUUUCCAGGUUGAGAAGGAUGUGCUCGAGGAGUACACCGUAAAAGGCGAUACCAAUGGAACCGAGUUCUUGAUUAACUUGAUUGACAGCCCGGGGCACGUGGAUUUCAGCAGUGAAGUUACUGCAGCAUUAAGAGUGACUGAUGGAGCGUUAGUUGUGGUUGAUUGCGUAGAUGGGAUCUGUGUUCAAACAGAGACGGUGCUUGGGCAGGCAAUGAACGAGAGAAUUCUGCCUACGCUGGUUCUUAACAAGCUUGACAGGGCAAUAUUAGAGCUUGAGUAUCCACAGGACAAGUUUGGAGAGAUUCUGAGGAGACGUAUUGAAGGAUUCAAUGCAAAGAUGAGCUCGUUGGGAUACAACUUCAAGGUUGAAUCACUGAUGCCUGAGAAGAACGAGAUUUCGUUCUGUUCGGGACUGCAGGGAUGGGGAUUUACACUCAGGUCUUUUGCAAAAUUUUAUAUUGAGAAGUUUAAGAUGAGUGGGUUUGAGGGGGAGAGGAAGCUUACAAAGUUUUUGUGGUUACAUGAUAUUUCUUGCACAUCUGACGAUCCGUUUGAUCCUGAGAUGAGGCAUGUGAUGAAGGCCGAUCCUGCAAGGAGCCCGUUUGUUGUGUAUGUGCUCAAUCCUAUAUACAAGGUGAAGGACAUGUGCAACAGUGGAGACAUUGAGGGAAUUAAGGAGUAUUUGAAAUUUUUCAAGGUUGACUUCAAGGGAGUUGUAUUGAGUGGAAGUGGCAAGUCGCUAUUUAAGGAUGUGAUGAGGACAUGGCUUCCUGCAGCAGACUGCAUUCUUGAGCAGAUAGCAUUGAAAUUGCCAUCACCACUUCAGAGUCAAAAGCUAAAGUACGAUCAUUUGUAUGAAGGACCGGUUGAUGACGAGAUGGCAAUAGCAAUUAGAGAUUGCAAUGCAGCAGAUGAAGCGCCAGUGAUGAUGUAUGUGUCGAAGAUGAUACCUUCGAAUGACAAUCGAUUUGUGGCAUUUGGAAGGGUAUUUUCAGGAAAGAUAUAUCCGGGGAUGAAGAUACGUGUUCAGGAGCCUGGAUAUGUGCCUACGUCUGAAGAUCUGUCAAAUACAUCAUUACUGCAUAACAAGUCUGUACUUAGGACAGUGGUGAUGAUGGGUAGGGGGUAUAAGGACGUGCCGGACUGCCCUGCAGGGAACAUUAUUGGAAUAAUUGGUAUUGAUGACUGCCUGAAGAAGACAGGAACUAUAACGAACAGAACUGAUGCUUAUAACAUCAAGUCUAUGAAGUUUUCAGUGUCACCGGUAGUGAAGGUUGCAGUGUUUGUUAAGAGAGCAGAGGAUCUGGGAAAGCUUAGUGAAGGGCUGAAGAAGCUUGCACAGUCUGAUCCGUUGUGUCUGGUUGAGAGGAACGAGAAGGGACAGAAUACAAUAGCAUGUGCAGGAGCAUUGCAUCUUGAAAUAUGUCUUAAAGACCUUGAGGAGCAGUAUGCAAAGGUGCCGAUUAUUUCGGAUGACCCACUUGUGACAUACUUUGAAGGUAUUAAGGAGGCAGUGACUGAGCCAAAGAUGAAGAAGUCUGCAAACAAGCACAACAGGAUAUACAUGACGGUGGAGCCUAUUGAGCCGAAUGUGGUUGAGUUCUUGAAGACUAUGAAGAUAGACCAGAUCAAGAACAUAGUGACGAACUUCCGAGAGAAGAUGGAAAUGAGAGAUGACUGGAUCAAGAAGAUAUGGUACUAUGCACCGGAAACUGCGCCUGAGAACCUGAUGGUUGAUGGGACAAAGGGAAUUUCGAUUAUCAAUGAAAUCAAGGAGCACAUCAACAGUGCAUUCCGAGAGGCUGUGCAGGAAGGGCCAUUGAUUGGUGAGAAGAUGAGUGGGCUGAAGUUUGAGCUCAAGGAUGCUGUGCUGCAUGCUGAUGCAAUCCAUCGAGGAGCAAACCAGCUGAUCCAACCGGUGAAGGAGCUUUGCAGAGGGCUUUUGCUUGUUGCAUCGCCUGUGCUUUAUGAGCCAAUUCUCAAAGUUGAAAUAACAGUGCCUGAUGAGCAUUCAGGAGCAGCGUCAUCCGUGCUUAUAUCAAAGAGGGGUGAGGUUGAGCCUGAGGGCUUCAUAAGUCUUCCUGGAAAUGUGACAACAAUGAUAGUUGGAUUACUGCCUGUGAAAGAGUCGUUCACCUUCAAUGAGGACCUCAAGUCUGGCACAAGAGGAAAGGCUAGUGCAUCUUUUUAUUUCUCUCAUUACAAAAUUCUUCCUGGGUCUUUGAACGAUCCUAACUCCCUGAUGUUCAAGACAGUCAAGGAGGUCAGGAAGCUCAAGAAGAUGAGUGAAAUUAUGCCAACAGCUGACGAUUUCUUCGAUAAGCUUUAA